ACAUUAUGGCGAAUGCAUCUAAUGGCGAUUAUUAUACCAGUGAAUUUUUACCUUAUUUUACCAUUCAGUUGACCCCACCAACCCUCUCAGAAAUCGCAGAAGUUUUACAAAAUGGAAUGCAACCCUUGUUCCAUGACGUAAAAGUCGACAUAGCAAGAUGCCCUUAUUUAACUACAGCACCAUAUAAUCUUGCCGGAAUAGGAUUAGGAGGUAACACGUCGGUAGUAGAAUUCGUUCAUGACGGAAUACCGUGGAAUUAUAAAACACGGAAUAUUCAAGAUGUACUUACAACCAGCUGCCGUAAUUCUUUUAUCAUCGGAUCUACUUACGCUACAAAACCACAUAUGCCUUAUUACGGACACCUCAUUAUGAAUGCAACGUAUAGAGCACCUAUGGAUAUUAGGAACGAGAGUCGCCUUAUUUUCGCAGAGAGGCGUAACGGACAGACAAGAAUAGAAAAGUUGACUGAUCCUAAUCAAAUGAUAUACACCAACAAAGGCAGUUUCUUUGUCAGCGAAGCUUUAGGUGGUGUUCUAAAGAUCACAAACGGAAUUGUGGCGUGUAAUCUUAUGUGGGACGAUUAUGAGGAGCCAAUGUUAGAAUCAUUUCAUGAUUUUAUUAGAAGACAGCAAUGUCCCGAGAUACAUUUACAGUCAGAUAUGAUAGCCGUUGGCACAAUAAUUAACGAUAAGCUAAAAUUUAUCACUGCGGAACGGCGUUACGAUAUUAAUCUGUACGAUAGAAAUGAGUUCCACUGUUUCUCGAAUUAUGGAUCAGGCGGACAAUUUAUUAGCGAUAUUACACCGGAUACGACGGAAUAUGAAGGUUACUUCAAUGUAGCGGAAAAUAUGAGUGUAAUACCAUUUACAUAA